AUCAAGUAAAUUAUUAAAAAAUAUAUAUAUUAUUUAUUAUUAAUCAUUUAUUAAUAAUAUUUUAACGCAAAAUAAUAUCCCCCAAAUCGUUUGUCCUGGCGCCGAGACUGGCACAGACCACAAAAUGUUAUUGUCACGAUCAUUACUGGGAGUGCCCUUGUCUGCCACCAGAGGGCACUCCAACCCUGACUGUUUCCAUCCUGGACUUUGGUUUUCACCCCACGAACUACAUUACCCAUACUCACCUCGUGGACUCAUUAUCCUUGUUUCAUUGCACCCAGCUGUCUUGUGUUUGUUCAUUAGUGUCUGUCUAUUUAUACCUGGUUUGUCUCUGCUCUGGUCAUGGUGUCUUAAUUCUUGGUUCCCGAGUCUCUGUUUUGGUUUGCUUUGUGUUUUCGUUUAUGUCAUUGUUUUGUUUGGACUGUCUCCCUGGAUUUUUGACCAUUGCCUAUUAUAAGGAUUACGUUUCUGGAUUUCCCCAAUAAAUACCUGCAAUUGGACCUACCCUGUUUGUCUUCGUGUGUGCCGUGACCGUUAUAGGGAACACAUUGACGUACCUGUCUGGGACCGCUGGCUGGGAUUGUUCAUGUUUACUCUUAGGUGGUGUGCACCUGAAAGCUUUCGCUUCGGAGCCGAACUACUGUGUCAAACACGGCAGUUUCUACGAGCGAGUGUUUGAAGAACGGACUUCAACGAGCCAGCUCUCUCUCUGACUGCUCUUCUCGUCCGGUGCAGGAGGAACAGCACAGCAGCGGGGCCGAUCUUUAUUUCUCUUCUUUGCUUUCAUUUUUGCCUUUUUUUUUUUUUUUUUUAUUUGAGCAAAAAAAGCUGUGUUUCAGCGUGAAGGCCGUUUUCACGGCUGGUAACGGUGCGCUUUAGAGCGCUAAAAGGCUGUUCUGACAGCUGGUAAGAGCAGCGUCUGCAAAGAGAGUGCACACGACAGGCUGCACAUUUCCCUGUCUGUGCUGCAGCGGCUUUUCCCCUGCGUGCUUCGGCACUGAGAUAGUUAGUCCCUGAAAGAGCUUACACGAGUAGUUCGUGUCUUUUUAAAGAUGUCGUUCUACUUGUGUGCUGCUGGAUGCGGCCGUUGCCUGGCGCCUCGGGAUGGUCACCAACGCUGUAUCGCGUGCUUGGGCUUAAGGCACGCUGAGGCGCCGUUCGUGGACGAGUCAUGUACCCAUUGUGGGAAGAUGACCGUCGCGGAGUUGCGGUCUAGACUCCAGUUCCUGCAAAUGGGCGGAGUCCCAGUGCCACUGCCUCGUUCCAAUCCUCCCCAGAGGGUUGCGUCGGGCGGCGGCACUGGUGACCUGAGGAUCACGGUGAGCACGUUUCCUUCGGGGAACCAACCCCCUAGGAACCCUCACCCCUCCUGCACUCCACAGCCAGUAGAGCUGCCGGGGGAGCGCGGUGGACCGCCCCAGAGGUGUGUACCAUCCGUAUCCUUCGGAGCUCCCCAAGACGACCGGAUGUCGAUCGCUGCAUCGGAGGGUGAGCCUGACGCUUCUGGGGAUGACGAUUCGGCGCAGCUGCCUCCUUCGGGAGUGACAACUGUGCCCGAAUCAGACCCGGAAAUGAUGGCUAUGCUUUCCCGGGCCGCCAACAGGGUCGGGCUCGUGUGGAAUCCUCCAUCGUGUCCCGAACCCUCGAGGUUGGACGAUUGGUAUCUCGGGGUGGCAAGGGCUGGUUCUCAGCCCCCCACCCCAGUGCCUUUCUUCCCGGAAGUGCAUGAAGAGCUCACUGGCACGUGGACGGCACCUUUUACUGCCCGAAACUGUGUCGGUGGGUCCUCCUCCCUCACCACCCUUGACGGCGGGGCAGCGAAGGGUUAUACGCGCAUACCCCCUGUGGAACGGGCCGUUACUAUGCAACUGUGCCCUAACUCCACCUGGCGGGGGGAGCCGUCUCUCCCUUCCCGGGCCUGUAAGUACUCGUCGGAUCUUACCGGCAAGGCUUACCAGGCCUGUGGGGAAGCUGCCUCUGCCCUACACGCUAUGGCGUUGUUGCAGGUCCAUUAGGCCAAGGCACUGAAGGAUCUGCACGAGGGUGGUCAUGACCCACAGGUUCUCCAGGAACUUCAUGCCGCGACGGACCUCGCGCUUCGUGCGACGAAGGUUACGGCGCAGUCAGUGGGUCGUGCGAUGUCCACGCUUGUGGUCCACGAGCGCCAUCUCUGGGUUCUCUUGCCAAGAAGGGUGGCAAGACCAAGUCCAAGCGGCCCUAGGACGGGCGACCCGGCGAUGGAUGAGACUGCUCUACAGGAGGUGGUGACCGCACCGCUCCUUCCCCCGGAGGAGGGCCGGGUGGAGAAUCUUUUGUUUCCUUCUGUUUUUGUUCCGCCGCUGGCUCAACGGCCAAAUUCCCAAAUUCUCAAUAACAGAGCAGUUUCCUUUAUCUCCGGGUCCGAAGAGGGCUCGGACAGCAGUGGGAGGGCAAGAACCUCACCACUCUCAUCCCCCUCUUCUGUCGCCAGCGGACAGCAGCGAGCAGCAGGCAGUCAAAGCCUCGUCUGCUCCCUCUGUCCACCCGUGGAAGCAGGUAAGUGUUGCACUGCGCACUGCGCCGCUUGGGGUCGCCUCGCAGAGAGAGCCUCCCGGGCCGCGUCCCUGCAUUCCACCUCGCUGCCCCGCUGCGGGUGCGCCUGUGGUCCCUCUGGUACGGUCCCUCUCGGCUACGCGAUUCAGUUCGCCCGGCGUCCCCCCAGGUUCAGGGGUGUCCACUUCACUGUAGUGAAAGAUGUCGAUGCCCCUGUCUUGCGUGCGGAGAUCGCAGUCCUACUGGUGAAGGAUGCGAUAGAGCCGGUCCCUCCAGCCGAUAUGAGGUCAGAGUUCUACAGUCCCUACUUCAUUGUACCCAAGAAAAGCGGCGGUUUACGACCGAUCCUGGAUCUGCGGGUCUUGAAUCGGAGCCUUCACAAGCUACCGUUCAAGAUGCUCACGCAGAAACGCAUUUUCGAAUGCAUCCGUCCCCGGGAUUGGUUUGCAGCGAUCGACCUGAAGGACGCAUACUUUCAUGUCUCGAUCCUUCCACGACACAGGCCAUUCCUGUGGUUCGCAUUCGAAGGUCAAGCAUAUCAGUACAGAGUCCUACCCUUCGGGCUGGCCCUGUCUCCCCGUGUCUUUACGAAGGUCGUAGAGGGAGCCCUUGUUCCCAUGAGAGAACAGGGUGUUCGCAUUCUCAACUACCUCCACGCCCAGUUAUAG